GACCUAGGGUCGACGAACAGAUGGACGGACGGAGACGGCGUUACGGAGGAGAGGCUUUGUUCACGGGGGAUUUGCCAGUGGAAGGCCGACAUGGCGGAGGAGGGCGUUCGUAUCACCACCCCCAAUUCAUGACGGAUUGAUUGCUUCCUUCUUUCCGUUGCGCCUGCCCAAGCAUCAAUCGCUUCUCACGCAACGCCUGGCGGAGUCGUCAACAUUCUUUCGUUGUAAUCGAACAGCUAUGGCUUCCACGCAUUGACCAUUAUAGGGGUUUUAAGCUUUUCGUCGUGAGAGCAACAGCCCAGCUGUUACCGGUUGUGGGGCUGUAUCGUUUCUUCGCCGAUCUCUUCCUGCCCUCGUCUUGCUGCUUCUGGGUUGUUGGCGAAGUUGGCGGCAAUUAGGCCAAGGAGAGGGAGGAUAUGCCGGGUCGUGGCUUGUGUUGUUUGACUUGAGUCUUGUGCCGCGCUGGGGGUAUUGAAGGGUAACUGCAGGCGCGGGUAUUAUUAUUUUGCCGUAUUUUGCAGAUACUGAUUGGAGUUGGGGUGGAUUCCACUCCUCACAAGAAGAUGCACUCCGUCGAGAGUCAAUUGGUUGAGAAGCAGGUGGGAUAACAAUAGGAGGAGUGGUUUUUGGUAACGUGGGUUUCGAUUCGCGGUACCUGUCGGUGCGAGCGCCGGGAGUGCGGUGCUGGACAUCGUCGAUAACCUUGAGCAUCCAUCAGCAACGAUAGUUUGCAGUGCACACUCGCUGAGGGACUCCUUGUAUGAGGUACACAUUCUUGGUCAGCGUCAUGAACUCUUCCGACGCAAACUCCUCGGGGUAUUCCAGUUGCGAGACGAUAUACAGUAGCGAUGAAACCGAAGACGAUGAUUGUUUGGUAGUGGGGUCGCAGCCACCACCGAGGGGAAUGGUCUCACCUGCCGUAUCUAAUAAAACUCGAUGUUCUUCGUGGUCUGCUUGGGAAGUCAAAUCAUGCGCGAAAAGGUCCAGGAAUAGGAAAACAAGAAAUAGUUUUUCGGCACCAGACAUCGUUGAAGAUUCUCAACAAAAUCUUCGCAGGCAGUGGGAGGCAGCUACUCUUCGUCGCCGGACGUGCCCUCCCAUGCGGAGCGAGGGGUCUAAAGUUGGCAUAAAUGGUUGGGAACCUCAGCCACCUCAAUCAGCAGGGCUUCGAAGAGAAACUGACUCAUCCGUAACCUUAGGAGGAGACUCAGGAGCAGCGGAGACGGUACAAUCGAAUGCGAAUGUCAGUCCUGCGCGAAGCUUUUGCUUUCAGAAUCUGUCAUCUUCAUCUUCAGAUUCAGUGGUCCAGGUCACAGAAGUGGAACCCAGUGAACUUGAGAAUGCAGAACAUGGCGAAGUUGCAUCUGCAAGCAGAAAGUCUGCUCCUCCUGCCUCUGCAGCAAAAACACCUGCUUCUGCAAAGAAAAGCGACCCCGUCUCUGCAACAGAUGACCGAGGAUUACAUGACUCUUCAAGUAAUUCAGUUUUUCGCAAUAUCGAGGAUCCCCUGAUUUCUAAUAUGCAUGCUGCCAGGGAUUCGGGUUUAAUGGAUGGGAAAAAGGGCUCCAAGAGACGGAUUGAACGAGAAGAUGAUGCCCAUGAUGCUCGUGUGAAACUAUCUAAAAUUCAUGGUAACGGGAAUGAUGGAGCAAGCACGAGUGGGCAAGUGGCACAAGACACAACUAGCUUAAGACCCAUGGACGUUGAUAACCAAAGCUCCCCAGAUUCCGGUAUUCUGGAACCCGUCUCUGAUGUUGUCGUAGGGCAAGACUUGGUGGGAGAGCGAGAGAAGUUGAAACAAACUGCUGAUUUUAAGCUGGCGGAUGAAGAAGAGUGGGCAAAUCGACAGCAGGAGUUGCAGAAACAGGCUUUGGAGGCUCGAAAACUGCGGGAACGAAAGAGGGCUGAAACAGAGCGAAAUAACGAGGUUGAACUCCGGCAAAAGCAAAGGCUCGAGGAGAUUCGACAGACGCAGCAGAGGGAAGAAAGAAAUAUGGGAAUGAAAGACCAGCUGCGUGGCCAGGUGCAGGCUAAUCUUGAGCGCCUGGCUUCAGAGUGCAGAGACAUGGCUUCAUUGCUUCGUCGCCUCCAGAUUCCUGUCGAAGGUGGUAAAUUUCCAACCCAACAACAGGUCAAUGCUGCAUACAAGAAGGCUCUUCUCAGAUUUCAUCCUGAUAGGACCUCAGCCAUUGCCCAAGGUGAUCCUCAGCGUCUAGUGGAGGCCGAGGAAACUUUUAAGCUUAUCACGCGUAUGAAGCCAAUACUAAAGCCUAGCAGCAUGUUCAAUGCAAUGACUGCUAGAUGAGCUUGAGUUUGAGGAUAGCUCCAAAUAUUCUUAGAACAAGUUUUUACACUGAAGGUUAAGGCUGCUAUUUUUUGCUGGGAAGAAUAGAUAGGCCUGGAACAACAGACAACCCUUACUGCAGAAAUAUCGACUCUUCUUCUGUCAACUCAUAAACUUUUGCUGGUCUCUGCGACCUCUCUUUCUCGUUCGGAGUCGAAAGGACAUGUUUUUACUUGAUCGAGGUUGGAGGGUUGAGAGUAUCUUGAUUCGGCUUUACGCCAGGAUUCAUCAGACUUCCUAGCUUCCUCUGUUUUAGGCAUCCGCCAAGCAGAUAUGAAAUGAGUUAUGACUCUUGUUUAGCGCGUUGUGAAUCAGAUUUGGUUUCAACAAACAAAUAUUGAACAUGGCAUACAACGCCACGCGAGGUCUGCUUGUAGCCCAACCACUAAUUUUAGAUCUAAACAUUGCUGGGGACGACGCGGCUGGAGACACGAUUGCAUAUUGCGUGUAGCAGAAUUUUCGAAGCAAACUAUUGUUAUUGAAUGGGUUAGCCAUGGACAAUCACCAGCGCGAGCCUGCUGAGGAGAUCUCUUCAAGUAACUAUCUAGUUCAUGCUAGUAUUGCUCUCUUUAUGAUAGAAAUUCUUAGACACGAAAUUCUCCCGCGUUGUGCAUUAGCCUUCUUCAAACCCACUUGCAGUGAUGUGCGUCCUUGAGAACUUGAUUAUUUUCGCUCAGACAUUCGACACGUAAAGGCUUCCCGCAGUCCUACCUCACACGCAGUGAAUGGAAUACAUGUAUUUCGAACGCUGUACCACAAUCUAAUUAGCGAAACCUCAACAUCCUUCUUCUGUGUGUUCCUGCUUAGUGCCGAAUUCAGAGCUCGAGUGGUGAUCAAAUCAACCUCGUAUGCUCCAUACGAAGAUGAUUUCAUAUGAUGCGAAGAUUUAACUAAAAUACAUCAAUUAGUUACUGAGAAAAUUGUAGCAUUCAGUGACAAGUGUAAUUUUUAUUUUAUUUUUCUUCAUUAACUAUAUAUAUAUAUAUAUUUAUUUA